AUGAGAAGCUCUCUAAGAAUAUCUCCGGCGCCUUUUAAAUCUUCAUUCUUGUCGAUCCCACCAUCGCCCUUCUCACCACGUCCACCCUUUACACCCACGAUACCAUUCCCACAAUCAGUUCAGAAAGAGGGCCAGCAAAGCUCAAAAACGAGCACGAAGUCUACGGCAGAUUUACCACCGACUCCUUUACCUUGGACGUGGACAUGUCACCAGUGUCAUUGUAGUUACCGCUUGAAUGUCACAAGGCGUUGCCUACAAGACGGACAUUAUUAUUGUAGCGGCACAACCACUGUAAAAGCAUGGCGACAAUCAACUUAUGUACGACGUGCAAGGAAACAAGGUGCUUGUAAUAGCGAAUUUGACUAUUCUGGCUGGAAGAACUGGAGCAGAUGGCGAAGAGAUGGUCCCAGGAACAAAGAUGCUGCAAGCACAGCCUCGCCCGCGGGCAAAGAAGAUGGAGAUGUUGCGACCAAGGAAAAAGACUGUUGGAAUACGUGUGACUACCCAUCCGAAUGCAAAUGGGGAAAGAAAUUCGGCAUACACACACCUGUAGAAAGCGGUUUCCCGGUUGUUGAAGCUGACGCCAAAUCAGCACUCAAUUCUCCUGCUAGCACGACCCUAAAAGGCACCCACGGGACUGAAAACUACGAGGAUGUCAGAACGCUAAGGAAGAAUGGAACUUUGAGUCUUUGGACUGCUCUGGUAGCGAGUGUAGAGAGGAGGAAGAAUGGUAGUGGGCGUAUUGCUUCACCACUCUCUAUUGUCACACAAGGAGAGAUGGCAAGGAGAAGAGCUGGCAAGAACACUUCAUCACCCCAAGAAGAUAGAAGCGAUGUCAUUAUAGCUGCCACGGAAUUGUCAGUUCUGGGCACUGCAAGUGAUUCAGCUCUAUCGGAUAGCUCUGAUUCUUCGACAGCUGGGGGCUCUCUCAAACCCUUGUUGAGCAGGAGGAGGUAUCGUCGCACGACCUCUUCUCCCAAGACACCCGCUAAUAGCGAUGCGAAGCGUGUGAAAGUGGCCUGCACAUUAACAUCAGAUACACAUGGUAUUGUGGGCGAUUUAGAGGUAUCAGAUAGCGAUUUUCCGCCGUUGACGAGAGUGCAGAGUAGAUAUAGUGGGUAUCAGACCUGCUACGUAUGA